UUUUUUUGUUCUAAAGCUGUGUGAAGCAUUUUUAUUGCCGUACUCAGUAAGCUGACAGGAAUAUAUUUUUAAGCUACAUCUUGAGAACCACUGGCGCUGUUGUGAGUGCAGGGACUUUCCCUCGCCCCACUGAGGACACAUUACCAAGGAUCUCGUGGAAUUAGGAUGCAUUUGGAUUAAUCCAAGUCCUAAACUUCAUUGAAAAAAAAAUACAAAGUACACCAAAGGAGGAGAAGGAUCAGGGAACGUUGCAAUUCAAUGGAUCGACAAUGAACUCAUCUCUCCCUCUCUCCCCCAGUGUGUUUCUAUGGAGCUGUGAAGACGCACAGAGUACCUCUGAGCUGACACUUCGCAGAGACAGAUUCGUGUAUAUAGACGCACACACACACAAAAUAAGGACUUUAGUUCUCUAAACUGGGAGAGGGACCAGGAACAGACUGCAGUGGAAAGACUUGCAGACUCAGCUAACGUGGCUGGAUGCAUCACACAGUGGAUCAGUUUGGUGGGCGCAGUAGCAGCAUCACUUUCCCUCUGGACGGCCGGGGGGGGCCAUGGGGACCCCCAGGCAGCCGAGCCUGGAUACCCCCCUCCAGGGGCCCAGCCAGCGUCUGCCAAUCACAGCUUUCCUCUCACCUGCCGGCAGGUCACAUGACCAGCCCCGCCCACCCCAGCAAACUCUACUUUCCCCCAGGCCCCGCUCCCCCCCGGCCCCUGCUCUCUGACCGGGUCGAGCUGAUUCACGGGCUGGUCCAGUCUCUGCAGAGGGACCGUCAGCAGGCCCGUUUGUGGGAGCAGUUGGGUCAGAUCUACGAGUCCGAGCAGGAGCUAGAGGAGGCUCUGAAGUGCUACCAGAACGGGGCGCGUUGCCACGGCUACGGCCCGGGCCACACCCAUCUCGCCGCGCGGGCCAAUCAGCUUCAGAGGUACCUGAGUCCACACCAGCACCGGCCUCACAUCCUGCCUCCUGUACAUGAAGUGUGGGAUCUGCUGCAGCAGCAAGCAAGAAACUACCCAGGGAAAAACGGCUGCCAACUGAAACGGCCAGCUGCGCACGCUGACCAUUCGGUGAUCCAGCACACCCCUCACAUUCACCACGUGGUACCUUCCACCCCUCCCAUCGAGGAGAUCCCCAGUCCGGUGAAGAGAAGGAGGAGCAUCAGCCCAGACCAGAUUAACCGUUCCGGAAUGCCGCGCCCCCCCAUGCCAAACCUGCCCCCGACGCACCCCCUCCACCACCCGGGGGGUCACUACCAGCUGCCCAAGCCGGGGGGGCUGUGGAACCCCCUGCACAAGGGGGUGUCGCCCUGGCCCCCCGAGAGGAAGAACGACUAUCAGGACUCACAGAACCCAGCCCUGGGUGCUUACCCUUACAUCACACCCUCCCCCCCCUCCUCCUGCCCACCCCUCUCCUCUCACUUCAACAGCAACCACAUCCAGCACAGCGGCUGCAGCAAUCUGCCCAAACCCCAGCCCCAGACUCCAGCCCCAGGCCCCUUGGUAAUGCAGGGCAGCCGCUACCCCCCACACCCCCACCAGCAACCAGCAGGGGAGAGCCGGCAGCACCCCGGCUACAACCACGGAGGCCAGGCGAGAGGUGCGGGGGACCCCAGGAACGAUCCGAGAGAGAUCAGUAGCAGCCAGCAGCAGGCCAGGCUCAACCGGCCCAACGUCUCACCAGCAAACAUCACCUGUGUGCCUUACAACUCUCACCACCACCACCCCCCUCAUCACAACCAACAAACUCUGCUGCCUCCACCACUGACACCAGCCCGCGGCAGCUCCUCCCUCAGCGGAAUACCUCAUGGCCUGGGCGCCGCCCCCUCUUCCUCCUCGACAAAUGAGAGCUGGAGAAAGCAGCAGCAAAGAAACAGCCACGUCUCCAGUGCGACAUCAGGCCGGUACCCCGGAAAUCAGGGUCUAGAAACUCAGGGUCACAGGCGACCUUUGGAGAGGGGAGCCCCCCUGUUAGGGCAUGGGCAUCCUCACGCAGGCCGUGCCGCGAUGCCAGGGACCACCCCCGCUGCCACGGACAUCUGCCGAAGUAACCCCUACAGCGGCAGCAGUGCAGUCCAAGUCACGGCGCCCCCCACUGGCUCUCCGACUCCUGGCGUCCUGAGAUCCACGGCAGGCUGGAAGGAGCCUCUGCCGACCCCGGUCCUGAUGACUCCGGGGCUGAUGGGAGGAAACCAGCUGCUGGGAGAUCAGGACAGAAGAGAGGUCCAGCCUCCGUUAGAGAAACGGGAGUACUUUUACAAUCGCUGUGAGCUGCCCCAGACUGCUACUGCUGCAACUACACCAACAUCUUCCUCUUCCUCCUCCUCCUCGUCCCAUAGCGUGCUGACACCGCACUUUGAGAAGCUGAAAAACAUGACAGCCGAGAUCAGCCACAAGCCGCCGCCUCCAUCUCCUCCUCCUCCCGCCUCUGUGCCGCCCCCUCCCCUCGUUCUGAACCCUCCCCGGGCCGCCCCCUCGCCCAGCCCUUACCGACAUGAGCCUCUUCGCAGGCAGCCGCUGAGCAUCGAGGAGGUGCUGGACAAGCUGGACGCGGAGCUGGAAGGCAGGGUCCGAGAACGGGAGAUGGAGGAGGAGAGGGAAAGAAAGCAGCCGGAGGGAGACGGAGGGGACGAGAAGGAGGCGGAGGCGAGUCUGGAGCGCCUGCUCUCCGCGCCGGUGAUCAAGGCUCGGGGUGAGGAUGGCAGAAAGGUCUCUCCGCGCUGUGGGGAGAAAGAGCCAGGAGUGGUGCCACCUUUCUGGCAGUCGGAAAAGACAGCGGCCCCCGUCAUCAUUUCCGCUCCCUCUACUUCCGCGGACAGGCUGGAUUUCAUCACCAAGCAGGAGAGACGGAGUAGCGGGUCAGGCAGUCCUCCUCAUCAGGUACCCCAGCCGCCAAACACCUCAGGAACUGCAUCGCCCUCACAGUCGCCCUCGCCACUGCCAUCGUCACACAGGCCCUCUGAGCUGAUCGACAGCCGACUGAUGCAACAGACAGCAGCUGUUUUACCCAAAGACCCAGCCACCUCAGGGGUCCUGCCUCUCUUCCCCACAGAAACGCAGGAAUACCCGACGACCAGGACAGAAGGAGGAGGAAGGAGGAAACCCCCCGAGAAGCUCUUUGAAGAUUUCCCCAGCCGGACGGGAGACCAGGGGACGGGGGACCAGUUCGAGGAGCCCAUUCUCCCCGAUGGCCUGGCAAAUAUCAUGAGGAUGCUGGACGAGUCGAUCCAGAAGGAGGAUGAGUUGUACAGCAGCAGCGCUUGCAGCGAUCGCUACUCCCCCAUCUCCCUUCUGCCUGUGCCCCGGCCCCUGCCGGGCCUCAAGGACAGCCGGCAGCCCCCUCCCUUGCUGGAGAGACCCAAACCCUCCAAUGUGGAUUUCAGCCUGGUGAACAAGACUCCCCCAGUCUUGAGCAGGCAGGGCUCGCUGGCGUCGCCUGCCACGUCAUCGACUUCAUGCAGCAGGUCGUCCUCUGUCUCUGAAGAGGGGGCGAGGAGCCCUUCUUUAAAGCUGAGCCCAGGCAGCCAGCAGCAACCAACUCCCUCCUUCCCCCCGGCUCCUCUGGUCAAGGAGAGUCACGUUUACAACAGCAGCAGCUACCUUCACAACGACCUGGCCAAGCUUUACGGCUUCCCCGAGCGGAAACGAGAGGAAUCUGCGAGCGGAAUUGAGGAGGAGGAGGAGGAGGAGGAGGAGGAGGAGGAAGAUGAUGAAGAUAACAAGCUACUGCACUCUCCAGCCAAGCUGCUCCAAGCUCCUCAGCAGCAGCAGCAGCAGACAGGCGUGGGGAACAUGUUCAAAUCCCUCGCCUCGGUCCUGGAGAGCCAGAAGUAUUCCUACAGGGGAGGGCCUUUUGGAAGGCCUCCCCCUGGUGGUGCUGGAAAUCGGGGUUCUUCCUUCAAGUACGCCCCCCCUCCUGCACCGCUGCAGUUCUCGUCGGACACGACGACGACCUCGCCAGCCCGGGAAGACAAGGAGUCGCGGGGCAGGGAGGAAACCACGACCCAAACCCGGCAGGAGCAGGAGAGAGCCGGGUUCGACAGAAGCGACUCGGAAGAGUCUGAUUUUGCGCCCAGGGUGGAGGUGAAGCAAGAAGAGAAGGAGGAAGAUGACAGCGUCUAUGCGGAGGGGGGUGGCAAAGCCGGGGUUAGGGGUCUGGAGAAGGAAGCCAGGACUUCCGAAGUGAAGGAGGAGCAGCAGCAGCUGGCGACCCUGUCUGAGACAUCCAUGUCUGAGCUGAGCCGCACCUGCGAGGUCCUUCUGACCCGGCAUGCCAUUCCCGCCGGGAGCUGCCGGGUCAAGCCUGGGAAGGAUCACAGGAAGACUGAGAGGGAGAGGGCGGAGAAGGGCUGCAAAAGCGAGAGGAGGGAGAGGAAAGACCGCAAAGAACACAAGAAGCACAGGAAGAGGGAUUCUUCACCGACAUCCAACACCUCUUCAUCAUCUUCAUCUUCUUCUGUUCGGAGCGGAACUGGCAGCAGCAGCUCAAGCAGGCGACACAAAGACAAGGAAGGCAAAUCGCACAAGGAGAAGAGCAGGCAAGUGCUGGGCAAUCUGGACAUGCAGAGAAAGGGCAGCCAAGCCAGGGAGAAGGGGAAGGGCGAGUGUGCAGUAGUCAGCGCCGAGCCCAGGAGGAAGGUUGCGGGUGGAGGGGGAGUGGCCUCUCCCGGCGGGAGCAGGGAAGGGGGGGGCGGCGGGGGGGCCCUGGCCCCCGCGGACUUCCUGAAGCUCAAAGGCCUCUCGGACGAGCCCCCCAAGGAGCUGAAGAUCCGCUUGAUCAAAGUGGAGAGCGGCGAGCGGGAGAGGUUCAUCGCCUCCGAGGUGGAGGAGAAGAGGAGCAUCCCGCUGUCCCAGAUCACCAUCCGCAACACGGCCAGCGAGGUCAUCCGAGCCUGCAAGAAUGCGAAAAUCAAAGGGAGAUUUCGAGAGUCGUAUCUCUUACCUGCAUUUUCUGUGAAGCCCGUGAUGGGAAACUCGGGCAGCCCCCAGGAGAGACUGAACCCUCCCACCCCCAGUAUCUACCUGGAGAGUAAGCGGGACGGAUUCUCCCCAGUGCUCCAGCAGUUCUGCACGGACCCCAAAAACCCCAUCACUGUCAUUAGGGGGCUGGCUGGAUCCCUGCGCCUCAACCUGGGCCUCUUCUCCACCAAGUCCCUGGUGGAGGCGAACGGCGAUCUCUCGGUGGAGGUGCGGACGCAGGUCCAGCAGCCUUCCGACGAGAACUGGGAGCCGACUGGAGACAGGCAGACCUGGCCCUGCGAGAGCAGCCGUUCUCACACCACCAUCGCCAAGUACGCCCAGUACCAAGCCUCCUCCUUCCAGGAGAGCCUGCAGGAGGAGAAGGGAAGUGAUGAAGAGGAGGAUGAAGAGGAGACCCCUGUCGCCUCUGAGCCCCCUAGCAACAGCGCUGCGGAUCAGAAACCAGUGGGGAAGAUUAUCAAAUUCGGGACAAACAUUGACCUGUCAGACGCCAAGCGGUGGAAGGCUCAGCUGCAGGAGCUGUUCAAGCUGCCCGCUUUCAUGCGCGUCUCAUCCAGUGGGAACAUGCUGAGCCACGUGGGGCACACCAUCCUGGGCAUGAACACAGUGCAGCUCUACAUGAAGGUCCCGGGCAGCCGCACACCAGGCCACCAGGAGAACAACAACUUCUGCUCUGUGAACAUUAACAUUGGCCCGGGGGACUGUGAGUGGUUUGCGGUUCACGACAGCUACUGGGAAGCGAUCAGCGAUUUCUGUGAGAGUCAUGGAGUGGACUACCUGACGGGGUCCUGGUGGCCUGUGCUGGAGGACCUGUACAGGGCUAACAUCCCGGUUUACCGGUUCAUCCAGCGUCCGGGGGACCUGGUGUGGAUCAACGCCGGCACGGUGCACUGGGUGCAGGCUGUGGGCUGGUGCAACAACAUAGCCUGGAACGUGGGGCCCCUGACCUCGUACCAGUACCAGCUGGCUCUGGAGCGCUACGAGUGGAAUGAGGUGAAGAAGGUGAAGUCCAUCGUGCCCAUGAUCCACGUGUCCUGGAACAUCGCCCGCACGGUCAAGGUGUCCGACCCCGACGUCUACAAGAUGAUCAAGCACUGCAUGCUGCAGUCCAUCAAGCACUCUCAGAUCCUGAGGGCCCAGCUGGUCCAGGAUGGGAAGAAGAUCUCGUAUCAGAGCCGUGUGAAGGAUGAGCCUGCUUACUACUGCAACGAGUGUGAUGUGGAGGUGUAUAACUUGCUGUUUGUGACGAGUGACAGUGGCAGCCGCAAGACCUACGUGGUGCACUGUGAGGACUGUGCCCGCCGGAGGAGCGCCACGCUGCACAACGUGGUCGUGCUGGAGCAGUACAGGACUGAGGAGCUCAUGCAGACCUACGACAGCUUCACUCUGCCAAUCAGCCAGUUUACUCAACUUCCUUAAUGGUGCUACAUCAGCCAAUCAACACUCUGUUUACUCUUGUUAGCCCCGCCUACUGAGUGCUGAUUGGAUGUCCUGAGAGAAGGGGGGGAAGAAAGACGCUGACUCCC